AUGUGGCGACAGACGCGGGUAGUGCUGCCAGUUGCUUUGGCUGUCGCCAACAAGGGUACCUCGUCAAUCCCCGCCACUACCAGCUCAACCCUCUCAUCAGCAGGAUCGACUGCACGCUGUGGCGCUACGCAGACGAGCCUGCAGGGGCUUCGCGUUGCAGCUUACUUUGAAAACUCCGAAACGGCGAGCACAGAUGAACCAAUUGCUAUUGGACAAAUAACAGCUCAAAUAUCAGAGUCGGUGUACGCCGUUUUCUUUAAGGAGAUUGCUCUUUCGCCUGUGAUCGAGGUAGGAUCGCGGGUGUACGUCACUUGCGGUCAGGAUGCAGUUUGUACCCCUGAUCCAGCCAAACCCAGUGAGGUGCGUCCCACACCUAUUUUUAACACGGCGGGACUGACGGAGGGAAAUGCAGUGGCGACAACAGGGCCAGCGGCAAAAAACACAUCAACUCUAGCCAAUGGAACAUCCCACCAUAAAAAUGCACCCACGACUGGAAUGCGACAAAUGACUGUAGCAACGGGAAUAAGCACGCCAUCUGUGGAUGCCGCUGCUUCUGUGAACACCGCUACUGCUACCACCACCGCCGCAGCCGCUCCGCCUGUAUAUGCGUCAAGCACGGGUACAAUAAUUGGUGGUUUAGUGGCCAAAGUCAAUGGAAAUGGUACCUUUGCAGUCCUCUUAGAUAACGACCGCUUUGACCUUGCCGUACCACGUGAAAUGAUUGCUCUCUCAGAAGGGCGUUCGAAGUUUAUUUCGAAUGAGAAGUUUCAAGAAGUGUUAGAAUGGGUAAAGUCCGCAGGAGUGGAUCGUCGCUCUGACCAGGAAAGUACUUCCUGUAUUCUUUUUCACCGAGGCUGGAGAGCGGACAAGUUAUAUUUGCUGGAUAGCGCCGAUGUCCACUGUCUCUCGCACCUUAACAAGUCUGUUCGCAUGAGCGUGCUUGAGAAAUCGGAGUGGGAACGUGACCAGCACCGGCAGAAACGCGAGGAAAUCAAGGAACGUAUGAAGGAGAAGGAAAUCCGAUACGUCCUUACCAAGUAUAGUGGUGUCUUCAGUGCCUGCGUGGCCGUUCUAGGUGUCAUGUCUGUUUUUGGUUGGAAUUUUAAAAACUACAUGAAGCAGCAGCGCUCCUAUCAGUUAGCCAUUGCGGCAAAUACGCUCUCCCAAAAGUAUGGCAAACAACCGAUGAAAGGUUAUGUACAUCGCGAAGAGGAGGAGCGGCGCUUGCGCCAGACACUAAGGCAACAAGAUCUCUCACACCCGCGUAUUCUCGUCUUCGCUGGGUUCUAUGGCUGCGGAAAAAGCAUUUUAUUUCGCGCCGCCGUUCGCAAGGAAAAAAUGGCUGCCGUCUUUGUUGAUAUUCGUUCAAACGAGGACCCACUUCGCUCCAUUGUGAAAUCGUUAAACGUCCAGAACAUCGACGCAUGUGGCGAUCUUCUCAAUUUCAUUGGCGAGGCUUCAGAUCGCGCAAGGAAGACCAUGAAUGGUGUCACCCCUCUACUAGUACUUAAAAUCCGCGAUGGCAGCUCGCUAAUGCGCAUCUACAACGAGGUUGUGGCAUUGGCAUGCGAUCGACGACUCUGUCAGGUCAUUAUCGAGGUACCCAUUGAAUCGCUUACCUUGGCAAUGACAGCUCUGCCACGCCUCGACUUCCACCUUGUCCCCAACUUCUCAGCCACAGAGGCCUUUCGCUAUACAAAUCACCUAAUUGAUCCCCUUGAGUUAACACACUUCGUUGAAGUAGUCGGAACAAACAGCAAUGACCUCGAUGAACUUCUCGCCACUGUUCGUCACGGACACAUCUCUGCCACCACGUACACCAACCAAAAACUUCUGAAGGCCAUGAGACAACUGCAAGCUGCAUGGGCAAAAGACCCCUCACUUCACGAGGCCGUUUUAAGGUUGGCGCACUUUCCUUUUCAAACUGGACAGAGCGAAGGAUACGAUUAUUCUAGUCUACGCAACGAAGCCCUUCGAGACAUCGUCAUGUACAAUGCAGUUACGGAUGUCUGGAUGUUUCAGCAAAAGGUGUUUCACACAGCAGCUCGCUGUUGGCAGUAA